AUGAACUCGCAUGAACCAAAGCCUACAAUCUUCACUAAUGGCCAUCACAAGCCUGUGCAUAAGUUCAAUGAUGCGCACAACCAGCUCGGAACUCCUUACAAGAUCCCCUCUCGCUCGAAUUCGCUCCAUGGCCAUCGUGAGAUGGCUCAUAGAUCAACCGACAGUCUUCCGCUUCAAAAAUCCUCCAAACCUUUCCAUGAGUCACCCUUGCACAAUUCCAUGACAGAGGCCAUGAGCAUUAUGCAACGCCAGGUUAAAUCCGAACAUAACUCGCCCUCCCUUGGGCCGACCAGACUAGCAAACGUGGAUCCGUCAAUACAGGAUCUGGCAAUCCCGAGUUUUGAUCCAAAUGCCUACUCGUAUUCUCCCUUUGCCACUCAGACACCUCCGACCCAGGCGAAUAGCUUGCAAAGCAGCCAGAACACUAGCCAGCAGGAUUUGACACUACCCGAGCGCUUUCCGGAAAGUUGGUUCAUGACCUACGAACAAGCUCACGAUUAUGAACCUCCACCGGGGUCGCGAUAUACCGACUUCUCGGCAGUGGACUGGUCGACGUUCAAUCUCGACCCGAAUACACAAGCGUACAACAAUAGUAGUCAGAGCAAUUCUCCGUAUCUGGCCCAACAGCAACAGCCUCAAUUCCAGCCCUUUGACCUGUCUUCUCGGAUCAACAAUGUGGGUAUCACCCCUUCGAGCGGGGACGUGUCGGAGGUGGACGAUCAGUCGCCUCCGUCCCAUCUGCCAAUGAGUGCGCAACCUUUGAGGCGUGACUUUAACACCCUCGCUGGGGAUGAUCUUUCCGACCCUCAACGCUUGAGCUCCGCAUCGUCGUAUUACGGAACUCCCCAAGCCAGCAUGUUGGCCAGCGACAACUUGGGGGCUCUUGACAUUGACGAGUACAUCAAGCAAGCGGAAGCCGAAACGAAACGAAUGCAAAUGCAGCAACAACUUGCUCAGAUGCAGAUGAGCCAGCACCAACCACAGGAUGCACAAUCAUCAUCCCGGUUAUCCAGCGUGAGUCGCGGAAUCACCCCGAGUGUCUCGACGCCGGGCAGCACUACGGCCUUGAAUGGUGAGCACCCGUACACCAUCCGCGAGGCACAGCGGUACGCUCAUAUGGAUUCCCUAUCAAAUAUGUCCCUGAUCGACACCAAACCCAAUCUCCCGCAGCCUGUCGCAAUGGUAGAUGACCCGGCGUGGUCUGUAGCUCCGGACAUGUCGAAUCCGGAACUGUCUUUGGACGAUGCCCAAGAAGCUGAAGAUUGGGUGCGAUGA